UUUCUGUGUAUUUUCUGCAGCUACAGGAUUACUGCCAAGCAGACGUUACUGUGCUCAAAAUAUGAGCAAAAAUGACGUAGUUAAAGUUUGAAGAACGCCACGUUUCUUAAUUAAACAGCUGCUGUUAAAAGAUGCUCACUUUAAAUCAGCGCCCCGGCGGUGCUUUUAUUUAAGCUGCAUGUAAACAAAGCAGGGAGGUGUUUUUUCUUCUGCCGCUCGCCUUUCAGACUUGUUAAGGGAACUUUUCCUGACUGAAAUUACCUCCUCAGAAAUGUCGUGGUUUAGUCAGGUCAGUCAGGGUCCAUACCAGCAGCAGGCCGCUGACGGCCAACGACUUACAGCCUCCAACAUCCUCAGUAGUCCCUUUAAUCCCACAAGUAUUCCAGCAGGAUCAGCGAUCCAGAGCAUCGGCGGGGCAGGCCUGUCCUCCACGGGCCCGUUUGACCUCCCAUCGGUUCCUCCCGGUGCAACAAGUCCUCCCAGCCUGGAGAAGCUCACCUGUUCUGGCCGUGACAGACAACCAGAGCCCAUCUCCUAUGUGACCUUCCAGGAGCAGCGCUGCGUCCUGAGCUGGUUCCAAGGCUGGAAUGCUCCCCAGAAGGAGAGGUUCCUGCAGGAUCUCGUCGGGAAAGCCGUGCCGGGGAAAGUGUGCACCCUCCUAGACUCACUCAGUACCCUUCAGGUCAAAGACAAACUUCCCAACAUCUUCGAGUGCCAGCUGCGGCUGUGGACCCAGUGGUUUGAGUCCUGGGGGGAAGAUGAGAGGAAUCAUUUUCUGCACAUGCUGGAAGAGAAGGACCCCAUGUUUGUUUCCCACUUCUACAGGAGUGUAGCAGGCACAGCAGGGAGAGAAUAAUACCAGCUCUCCAUCAGAGGCUGCAGGGAGCCUGUGGUAGGGUUUCUUUAGGGUUCUCCCACACCUAUGAGUUUACAUUUUUUUUUCCCAGAUUCAUUUAUUUAGAUCUCUCAGCCAACUUUAGAAAAGCAAAGUUAAGUAUGAGUUUAAAUCAAAGGUUUAUACACUGUUCAGACUUCUAAUGUGGAUUUUUGAAACUGUCAAUGCAAACAGAACUGAUGGAUGGUGGAUAACCAUCGGAUGAGUACAUGGAUGGAUAGACAGAGAGAGGCGCAUUCUUUUUGAAUAAAAACUCCCAUUAAAUGCAAACUGAUUGGAGCAACUUCAUUAGAUAUUUUUCAUGCAGGCAACUGGACAGGGGAUACGAUCCUGAAAUAAAUAACCUUGUAUGAAUAGUUUUUUUUCACUUCAAAUUGCGGUCAAAGUCUUAAAAAAAUUCUUAGACUCUCUCUGGAGCCGCACGAGUGAGGAUUUUCCUGGCUGAUAAAUGUUUCCAGUUUUCCUUUGAGGUCUGACUUACCGACUCUGACCAAUUCCUGUUUAUUUCCGAAAGGGCUGCAAUGCACCAAAGAGAAAAAAUGGGCUUCGGCUUUUUUUGUCGUUUUGAGUAGGGACCAGGGAAUGAAGGAAUUAUGAGAAUAUCCCAAAUUUUUAUUAAGCUCAGUAAAAUAAGUGAAUAAACUUAAGUGAUUUCAGUUUAUGUCUAUGUAGAACCAGAACUUUGGGAGUUCUUUGUUUAGAUAUUAUUAGAUUUUCAUUGGAUACUAUUGAAGGAAAUCUCUCCAUCAGCUUACUAGAGUGUCCCUGCUUUUCUAAACCAAACCCUAUUUUGUUUUUUACACUCAGAGAACUCCGUUCUUUACUGUGAUGAAUCCUUUGUGAUCACUUGAUGUGAGUUUUUCUACAGAUUUGUAAUAUUUCUCAAGACAAACAUGUUAAUAUUAAAACCAUGUUGUGUUUUUUAUGAAGUUGGAUGGUUUGGUUUCAUUAAAACAAGU